AUGCAUACUUAUAAAAUUGCAACUGUGGCUGCAUUGGGUGCUGCCGCAGUCACCACGGCAUCUUCUCUUGCUGAUUUAUGCACAGUAUCCAAUGUUCAAUCUGCUCUGCCCUCAAAUGGCACCCUGCUCGGUAUCAACCUGCUCCCAUCUACCGUUACGGCGAGUGCCCUCUAUAAUCAAAGCUCCGGCACGGGCAGCUCCGGAACAUAUAACUAUUGCAAUGUAACAGUUUCUUACACUCACACUGGCAAGGGUGAUGCAGUUGUUCUCAAAUAUGCUUUCCCUAGCCCAUCAGACUUUGAGAACCGUUUUUACGUCGCUGGUGGGGGAGGGUUCUCACUCUCCACAGAUGCUACUGGCGGUCUUGAAUACGGCGCUGCAGGAGGUGCCACAGAUGCAGGCUAUGAUGCCUUUGAGACUAGCUACGACGACGUGGUUCUCUACGGAAACGGCUCUUUGAACUGGGACGCCACCUACAUGUUUUCAUAUCAAGCACUGGGUGAGAUGACCAAGGUUGGCAAGGAGAUUUCAAAAGGGUUCUACGGCCUUUCGAGUGAUGAAAAAAUCUAUACAUAUUUUGAAGGUUGCUCUGAUGGUGGUCGUGAAGGGAUGAGCCAGGUGCAGCGCUGGGGUGAGGAAUACGAUGGUGUGAUUGCAGGUGCCCCGGCGUUUCGUUUUGCGCAGCAGCAAGUGACCCAUGUCUUCCCUGCUACUGUUGAGAAAACUCAAGGAUAUUAUCCUCCGCCGUGCGAGUUGCAAAAGAUUGUAAAUGCGACAAUUGCUGCGUGUGAUCCGUUGGAUGGAAGAACAGACGGAGUUGUCUCUCGUAGCGAUCUAUGCAAGCUCAACUUCAAUCUGAGCUCAAUUAUCGGAGAGCACUACUACUGUGCAGCCGAGACUAGCUCGUCUCUCGGUUUUGGCUUCAGCAAACGUCAAGCAGCAGGAAGCACAACUAGCUACCAACCCGCCCAGAACGGAACCGUCACUGCCCAGGGGGUUGCUAUCGCCCAAGCCGUCUAUGAUGGCCUUCACAACUCUGCUGGGGAGCGCGCAUAUCUAUCCUGGCAGAUUGCAGCUUCAUUGGAUGAUGCAGACACAGAGUAUAACAAUGAUACCGAAUCCUGGGGGCUCGAAAUCCCUUCUACCGGAGGAGAAUACGUUACAAAAUUUGUGGAGUUGCUCGAUCUCGAUAAUUUAUCUAACCUUGACAAUGUCACAUAUGACACGCUAGUUGACUGGAUGAACACCGCAAUAGUCAGGUAUCUGGACAGUCUCCAAACCACAUUGCCCGACCUGACUCCGUUCCAAUCAACCGGUGGGAAACUAUUACACUAUCACGGAGAAUCUGAUCCGAGUAUCCCCACGGCAUCAUCGGUGCACUACUGGCAAUCGGUGCGAUCGAUCAUGUACAACGACCUUACGGAUGAAGAAAGCCUAGCUGCGCUCGAGGAUUGGUAUCAGUUCUAUCUCAUUCCCGGCGCAGCCCACUGUGGAACAAACACUCUUCAGCCUGGACCGUACCCGGAAAACAAUAUGAACAUAAUGAUCGACUGGGUUGAGAACGGAGUAAAGCCAACUCGUCUAAAUACGACAGUUUCGUCCGGCCAGUAUGAGGGGGAGACGCAGAUGCUGUGCCAAUGGCCGACUCGUCCACUUUGGCAUGGGAACAGCUCGAAUUUCGAAUGUGUGAAUGAUCAGAAGUCUUACGACAGCUGGAUGUAUACUUUCCCAGCUUUCAAGCUCCCUGUUUACUAA